UGUCGCUUCGCAACCUCCAGUCCGCUGCCACAUCUUCCAUUGCGCGCGCAUCAUCACCGCACGCUCACCUCCGGCAGAGCGACGUGCCCGCCAGUGCCGCAGACACCACAGAGCUUCUUGCCGGCUCCCAAGCCGAAUCGCAGGCCACGACACUCAGCAAGUGGCGAGAUAAGCAACGCGCAAUGCGCCACCGAUCGCGCACCCUCUGCCAUCGAUCAUAGCAUGGCAGCAGUUCACCCGCUCGCCGCACUGAACACCAAUGUCGGCGGGAGGAAAAAGGCCGCACUGCGGCAUGAAAGUGCCGAGGAUGGAUCGUCGGGGAGUCAGGUUGCUCACACAUUGACCGCGUGCACGCGCUGUAGACAGCGCAAGACGCGAUGCGAUCCCGGCCUUCCACGCUGUACACCAUGCGAGCGAACGAAUUCCAUCUGUGAGUACUACGAUUCCACCCGAGGGCACAAUGUCAACCGCAACUAUGUAGUCUGGUUACAGCAUAAAUGCCGAGAGCUGGAGGAAGAGCUCGACCGCGUGGAGAAUGAGGAUGGCCAUGAGGAUCCCGAAGCUCUCAUGCGCGCGGCGAACGUGCGCAUGCACGAUGAGAAGGAAUCGAAAUAUCUCGGACCCUCCAGCGGCAUCGCCAUCACCCGCCUGGUCAUGCAGCUGGCAAAGCAGUUCACCGACGCAAAGAGUAUCACAGAAAUCGUGCCGGACCAGCAAGCGCGGCAGAUCAAGGAGUUGUAUGCGCAAGAACAGGCAAAGCCAACUUCGAAGAUAUAUCCCUUGAUCAGCGAUGUUGCUGCCUCGGACCUACCCAUGCGAUCUCUGGGCGAUCUGUUACUGCAGCUAUACAAGCUGAAAGUACAGCCCAUGUAUCCAGCACUUCACGAGCCCACGCUAGACAAAGAUUUCGACACAGCUUACGUGCAGCCGGAUCAUGCCACUCCGUAUCAGCAUUUCGUAUGCCGUAUGGUCAUUGCAAUCAGUCUCCAGAAGAUGGAUACGCAAUACGCAGGACUGGCGGACAGCUAUUAUUUGGCUGCCCUCAAGUACAUGGAGGCCGUCGUACGACCGAUGAACUUGAAAACCUUACAGUGUUUCGCACUCAUGGCAGAGUAUUCUCUGUUGACGCCGACACGCACUGCAAUAUACUACGUGGUGGGCAUCGCAGUACGUUUGCUGCAGGCGCUAGGUCUCACAGAGGAGAAGACAAUUACGAGAGGACAGCAGGAUGGCACUGCCGAUUGUCUUGAGAUCGAUCUGAGGCGGCGCUUAUUCUGGUGCAUCAUGGUCAUGGAGUGGGGCCUCGCCCAUUCGAUCGGCAGACCCGGCAUGCUCGCGACAGGUCAAGACCACAUCGAUGUUGGCUGGUUCGAGACUUGUGACGAUCAAUUCAUCACACCCGAGGGCAUCAAUCCAGCUGCACAGCGGCCGACUCUCAAGAAAUGGGUCGCUAUACACUUCUUCAAGAUGCGGCUACUUCAGCUCGAGAUUCGGAGAAAAUUGUAUCAGAAAAAAAGGCCAGAGCCGAAAAGCGAUAGCGAUCCAUGGUUCAUUCGUAUGGAGGCAAAAUUGACUGCAUGGAGGGAUGCCGCGCCUUCCCAAGACGAAGGUGCCGGUCUCGACAAGGUCUGGUUCAUCGGGCGCUACAAUACCAUGAUCGUAUUUCUGUAUCGGCCAUCUCCCCAAGUGCCUCGACCGUCGGUGGAAGCUGCUCUCAAAUGUUACGAAGCCUGCGAGUACAACAUCUACAUGCAGCGAGGGCAAAUUGCGAAGAGAAACGUUGACCUCACGUGGAUCUUCACACAAUCGCUCUUCAUGGCAAUCAAUACUAUGCUCUGGUCCUUGAGCUACGUGGAAGUGCGACGGAAGUACACCCGUGAAUCAGUCGAGGGGCACCUCGCCAUUGCAAUGACGGCUAUUCAGCAGGCCUCGGAACGUUGGCCUGGUGUGGCUUCUGCCGUUCAGCUGUACCAAAAGCUCAUCUUUGCGAUCAUGAAGAUAUAUGACAAAGAGGGCGAUGUACCCAUAUCCGCCAACACGCCCUCCGAUGCGGCGUCCCCAGGGUCGAUGUUCCCAGACAGCCGGUCACGGGCGACCAGUCCGGCUACGCUUAGCACGCAAUCUGUGGCGACGCCACCCGAGAAGCAGCCUCCGUUCGGAUACAUCAAUCACCAGGCGGCAAGGGGCAGUAUCGAAGAACCUCCACCACUGCCAUAUCGUAGCGAUUCAAACUUCAGCAAUGUACCCACACCGCCGAGGCAUUUAUCCAGCACAGGAAGUCACCAUCAACAGAGUUCUGAGUCGAUCACAACGAUCGGAUCGAUGGAGUACCAGCCUCAGCACCACUACCACAGCGAACAAUUCAAUAGCCUACCGGAAUUCAUGCCUAAUAUCACAGUGCCUGGAUGGACCGCCCCACAGCAGCAGCCCAUGCUUAAUACUUCCACACUGCCGGCUCAGCAACAUCUUAACCCAUAUACGCACGAGGCUUUCGAUCCAACGAACCCUGCUUAUCCCUUCCCGGGCGGGUUCGACCAAGACCCAAAUGGUCAAGACCAACAGCCGUAUGUCCCGCAGUAUUGGGAUAUGGACACGGGAGUCUUCGGCGAAGGCCUCACCCAAAUGCAGCAGCAAGAACUCAUGCACUCGCUCGAGACGGAUGGAAUGGAGGAUAUUCAGACCAUGAUUUCGCACACGCUAGCUGCAAUCACACCCAAAACAACACAAAAGCCUCAGCAGGCACCAUUUUAGUGAUAUGAUGAUUGACAUGAGGGAGGAUCAGAUAUGUGUGACAGCGAGGAGUUGGAGGAGCGAGUCGUGUUUAUCACUAUACCCAAUUUGAAUGAUUGUGACUUUCGAGUCUAGCCUGUGUGCUCAUCGUGGGCUUCAACCUGU